AUGUUCAAAAGUAAUGCGGAUUCAGACUCCAGCUUUUCGAAGCUUAGCGAUGCUGCUGACAGAAUUCGAUCAUGGAAGAAUGAAACCGACUUUGCUCUCAAACUCAAAAAAGAAAUUCAGAAAUUAAAGUUUCAAUUGGAACAAGAAAAAGAAAAUAAUAGUGAUUUAAUUUCCAGAAAUUCAGUCAAUAGAGAAUUAUGUUAUGAGUUGAGAAGUAUGUGUUCAAAGAUAAAUGAAGAACUUUCUCAUGAGGAAAAGAUAUUAGCCAACAGUUUAUUAGAACAACAAAUGCAGAAUCAGAAAGUAACUUUUGAAAAUCAGAUUGAUGAAAAGGUAACCACAAUUUUGUCCUUGCGAGCAAAUAUUGAUGAGUUGAAUAAUUCUCUGUCUACUUUGCAAAUCCAACUUCAUGAUAGAGAAAUGCUCAUGUCAAAUUUGAAGCAUGAUGUAGCAUUGAAAAAAGAUCAGAUUGAGGGAUUUUUAGCAUUAUGUACUGAUAAUGAUGCUAAACUUUUGAUGUCCAACGAAGAAAUUGAAAAACUGAAAUUUGAAAAAGAAGAAUUAAUCAAUAAAAUAGAUUUAUUAACUGCAGAGAAAAAUGAUAUGUCAGAAAAUUCAAAUGUUAUAAAGAAAAACUUUGAGGAAUCACUAACUACCCUAAAGAAACACAAUGAGGAAUUCGUUGUCUUGAAAAAGCAGUUAGAUGAUAAAGAUGAUUGUUUGAAACAUGUUAUAAAUGAUAAACUGACUCUGGAAAACCAAAUUUCUAUGCAAAACACAGAACUAGAAAUUAAAGUUAACGCCCUGUUAAAAUUAGAAAACGAAAACUUGAUCUUGACAACUAACUAUGAUAAAUUAAUUGGUGAAAAUGAGUGCUUAAAUUCUAAGUUAAAAAUUCUGGAAGAUGAUGUGGCAUCUUUGAAUAUUGAUAUUGUUCACAAAAACGAGCAAAUUGGGAUUCUUGAAGAUAAAUUAACAUUUGUAGAUUCUAAAUUAACCAAAAAAAACACUGAAAUGCAAAUUCUUAACGAAGAACUUCAUUAUCUAAAAAAUAAAGUUGUUGAUAUGACUAGUAAUCAUAACUUAGAAAUAGAAAAGUUUACAAAUGAAUUUACUACACUAAAGGCUAAUUUCACUAGCGCUAAAGAACUUUCAGGAAGCAAGUUGUAUUCCAUGCUUAUAAUAAGAAAUAUGUCAAAUAAUAUCUUCCUUUUAUAUUUAUUAGAGCUUGGAUAUGAAGAACAAAAGCUUCUCUUAGAAAACCGCCAUAAAAGUGAAAUAGCUGGGCUAUUCUCGAAAAUUAAUGACCUAGAAAAGACUAGGAAGGAACAAAUUAGCACAAUCUACUUUUACAUGAACAAAUGCAAAGCAGACUUAGCCUCGUCUUUGGAGAAAGAGAACCAGUAUAAAAUUAAGAUCGAAUGUUUGAGUAAAGAGGUUAAACAACUUAAAGCAGAGGUUUCAUCUACGCCUAAGACAGCACCCAGUACCCCAAGACCACAAAGUAGUACUCUAAGAACUCCAACUGUAGAAAUUAUGUCUGCCACCGAAUCAAAAGUUAAUAACCCCAAUGAUAUAGGUGUUAAAAACGAUUUUUUAAGCUGGAUUGAAUAG